AUGUCGGAGGCUUCUACGGGUUAUAGCAGUUUAAAUACGGUGUUCCAGUACAGACGAGAGGCGCAUAUUGAUAGGGGGUACCGCGAUGGUCGGGGUAUUUCACCCGAUGGUCGGAGUAUUUCACCAGCCCAUACGAUUGUUGAUCCUCCAAGUAGCCCUGGUGUUCCUUUUGAUGUCGAGAAGGCAAAUGAGUCUUUACGUAUCGAGGAUGAUGAUUCAAACUUUGAAUUCUUGCACAACAACGAUAAGCCUCAGUGUGGUGUGGAACUGUCUGAUACCACGAAUAUAGGUACACCAAAUGUACAAGCAGAUACAACCUUUGAGGUGGAUGAUAUGAAUUUAAGUUUAGCUAGUGAACCUGAAAUAGUGUCAAACUUAAUGCAAGCAGAAAAUGUUUUACGUGACACAGUGCCAGUAGGCCCAACGGCUAGCUUUCAUGAUGGAAUAGAUUGUGACAUCGUAUCUAGUAGUGACGAAGAAAACUGGGAUUCUGAUGCUGGUUUGAUUAUUGAUUCUGAAGAUGAUGAUCUGUUGGAAUAUACCGAGGAUUCUGGCUCUGCAUUUAAUAAUUCUGAUGAACCUUUGUAUAAAGGUGCUCCCAUUACAUUAAGUCAGAGCCUAUUGUCUGUUUUAGCCUUUAGUAUGAGGCAUAAUCUCAAUGGAAAAUCAAUUGUUGAUCUACUGAAAUUGAUUGCACUUCACCUACGGCCAGAAGAAAACCACAUGAAGGAUUCACUUUACUUUUUUAAGAAGCAUUUUUCUCAUCUGAAGGCACCAGUAAUUUUGCACCACUUUUGUUCUGUUUGUUACUCAAAACUUAAAGAUGAAAUAAGUGAAUGCCCAAACAUUAAAACUCACAAGGUAAAGAAAACUCAAGUUAGUUAUUUCUUGCAAAUAUCUUUAGAACAUCAGUUGAAGACAAUUUUCAAGAGAAAAGAUUUUUGCCAGAACAUUUUGUCAAGACUGAGCAGGAAGAAAAGUGGAGAGAACAACAUUGAAGAUGUGUACGAUGGGCAACUUUAUAAGGAGCUUGAGGCUGAUGGAUUUUUCAGUGGAAGUAAGAAGCAUAAUUUGACACUAACUUGGAAUUCAGAUGGUGUUCCCGUUUUUAAGUCUUCAAAAACUUCAAUGUGGCCCAUGUUUUUUGUUAUCAAUGAGCUUCCUUAUAAAAUGAGGUUCAAGAAAUCCAAUGUUUUGAUUGGUGGUAUUUGGUAUGGCAGUAAGCCAAUAGCCAAUAUGAUGCUAGAGCCAUUGAUUGAUAGCCUUUCAUCUUUAGGCAACGGUAUUGAAGUUAAACCUUAUGAAUCUCCGGAGAAACUUACUGUUCAAUGUAUAUUGCUGGCUGGCACUGCUGACUUACCAGCCAAAGCUGAUUUUAUGGGGCUUAAAUAUCCAAGUGGUUCCAAUUCAUGUGCAGUUUGCAAAAUAGAUGGGAAGGGUGUCAAAGCUAACCAGGCUUCUACAGAAGCUGCUCAAGAUUUGCCCUCUGAUAGUGGCAGUGAAGAGCAGGAGGAAGAAACUCAAGCUCUUAGACAGAAACCUAAAACAAAAAAAUCAACUCUUGUUGUGAAGAAGAAAAGAGAGGGUUCAGUCUGGGUGUUUCCAUACUCAGCAAACCUGGAUUUGAGGCGCCAUGAGGAAACUGAGUUACAUGCCGAGCAAGCUUUCAAUGAGAGACAAAAAACAGGAAACCUUAAAGCUCAUGUACUUGGUGUGAAGCGACCCACAGCAUUGUCUAAGAUAAUGCCUGAUAUGAUUCGUGGCAUGGGCAUUGAUGAUUUACAUCACUCAUAUCACGGAGUAGGUCAUAAACUCAUGGAAUUGUGGUUUUUGCCAAAGUUCAAGAGGAUGCCAUGGUCCCUCAGAAAAAAAAUAGAUCUAGUUGAUGAAAGACUCAAAAAUAUUCAGCUUCCAAAUUUUGUGCAGUGUGGUGUGCGCACUGUUAGUGAUCUUACCUUGUGGAAAGGAAAACAUAUGAAAACAUUUCUAUUAUAUCUAGCUCUCCCUGUAUUAGAAGGAGUUUUGCCAGAAGUAUAUUUUGAUCACUUUGCUAUUUUAGUGCAUUGUUUGUAUAUUCUUAAUUCAUCUUCUAUAGCACCAGAAGAUUUAUUGCAUUGUUCUCAGCAACUAAACACUUUUGUUAGGAAAUUUCAAGAUUAUUAUGGAGAACGUCAUAUGACAAUUAAUGUCCAUAAUACUCUACACCUUGCAUUUGUUGUAAACAACCUUGGGCCAAUGAGAUGCUAUUCUUGCUUUCCAUUUGAAUCCCUAAAUGGUGAGAUGUUACGAAUGAUUCAUGGUACCAAAUAUGUACAAUUGCAACUGGCCAAUUGUGCCUAUUUGCUGUUGUCUCUUCCAUAUGAGAUAGAAUGUAUCAAGUCUAACAAAAUCCGUGAAUUUUCAAGAAAUCUUCAUCACCAAAAAUAUCACAAUGUUAAGUGCUUGGAACAAGUAAAUGACCACAUUUUUGCAGCUGGAAAUUAUGUUAACUAUAAAAAUGUUGAAGUUGGAACUGUAAAUGCUUUGCUCAAGGCAAGUAUUACAGUUUCUUCUUGUGUAUUUUUUACUAAACUGAAAAAAGAGUCAACACUUUUUGUUGCACAGUCAUAUUGCAGAGCAACCAAAACUGCAUCUUACUUAGUAUCAUACAAUGCCAUCAAUGGGAAGUGUUAUGGUAUCAUAAAGCAUUUUAUCAAGGCCUGCCACAACGGCAGAACCCUUUUUCUUGCUGCAAUAAGCCCUUUAGUUGUGCAAAGAUUCAGUGACUCCGCCAACUUAAAAUCAAUUCGACACAUAUUACGUUACUCCAUCAAAUAUGAAGUAGAGUUGAUCGACAUAAAUUGUUUGCUGCACAUUUGUUUCUCUGUCUCUCUUAAAAAUGGAGAUUUAUUUCUGUGUGAGCGUAUGAAUUGGUUGGAGAUAGAAUAAUAGAUGGGAUGUUUACUUAUAAUUCUGUUUAUUUGUUCAAGUUUUUCAUACAAAAUUUUGUUUCAAAUUUCUUAUUUUUGUUGCCGUUUUACAUUUUAGAGGUCUAGUUCCUGUAUAUUUAUUAGACAAAUUUUAAAAAGAAUUAAAAUUAUUCAUUGCCUUGCUCUGAUGCAACUUUUUACCAAAUAAAA